AUGAUACCUUCUACAUAUAGAAAGUCAAGUUAUUAUAAAAAUAAAAUAUAUUUUACCUGUAUUUCUCCAACCUGUCUCGGGAGAGGUUACACAGUAAAUAACCUAUUUACUGAAACAGCAGCAUGCAACGAUAUUUGCAAAUAUUUGAGUGGAAGAAGAGGAAUCACAACAUUAGUGCCUCCUUUGAUAAAUCCUCGACAAGAAGUUGGAGACAGUGAUGUGGGGAAUUCUGGAAACUUAUUGGAGGAAAGUCAAAUGUUCAAUCCUCCACAAGACGUUGGAGACAGUGAUGUGGGGAUUUCUGGGAACUUGUUGGAAGAAAGUCAAAUGUUCAAUCCUCCACAAGAUGUUGGAGACAGUGAUGUGGGGAUUUCUGGGAACUUGUUGGAAGAAAGUCAAAUGUUCAAUCCUCCACAAGAAGUUGGAGACAGUGAUGUGGGGAUUUCUGGGAUCUUGUUGGAGGAAAGUCAAGAGGCUCUCCCUUCUUUGGUUAGUCAUACAGAAGAAGAUGGAGAGAGUGGCCUCCCUCUUUUACCAUUUUUAGACGAAAGUUUUAUAGAUGAAGAAGUUGUAGUCGAUAUCUCCAUUGCAGCUAAUAGCUCUGAAACUUUACCGAACAACCAUACCAUAUGA